GUAUUACAAUCAUUUUAACCAAAUGCAACCUGACAGUUUUGUACUAAAAUGACAGCUGAAGUGUCAAAAGAAUUGCGCUUAUUCGAAAGUAAGAAAUAAUUCUUGCAAUGGACAACGUAAAGAAGUUAUUUGCAAGAAAUUGUAUUAACCGUGGUGUUAUAAAAGUGUCUGAUAUAAACAAAAUAUUGGUUCCAUUAUGCGAAUCUUAUGGAGUCUCAGUACCUACGGGGCCAGAAGUAAUAAACUUUGUAAAAGAAAUUAAUAAGGAAUUGAUACAAAUAAACCAAACACUAACUUAUAUGAAACAUCCACUUAAUAAUGAGGAGUUACUGAUACAUUCAUGGACGGUAGAAUCAGAAUGUGGAAAGUUGCAAUAUCAUUAUUCCGAUGUUGAGCGUCAUUAUUUCUCAAAGUUGUUAGAAAACAUGGCCGUUCAGGAUAAUUACAGUAUCCCUUGGAAUACAGUUUAUACCAUAACAAAUACUUUGCCAGCUACACAGCAUAAAAUGACUAAAGAUCGUAUGCAAGAACUUUUAAAUAUUUGGAUUGAGCAGGGUUAUUUUGUAGAAAUUGGAGACAAUGUUUUUUUUGGGGUAAAGAUGUUGGUAGAAUACGGUGCUCAUAUUAAAUCAAAUUUUCCAGAGCAUGUAAAGGAAUGCACUUUAUGCAAAAAAAUUGUUUGGUGGGGUAUCAAAUGCUCAGAAUGCAACGAUAAAUUACAUAAUGAUUGUUUACGGACGUAUUUAAUUAAACAAUCGAAAUGUCCUGCCUGUAAAAAAUUGUGGAAUACACCAAUAACUGCACCAGAAUAAUGAAUACGACUUUUUUAAUUAAAAAUAUUUAAUAAAUUAAUUUUUAAUUUUAUCGUUUUCUACA